GCCGGCCGGGGGAGCCUGGGCCUGGCUGAGCCUCCUGCCAUGAUGGACGACGCUGUGAAGCUGCUGCUGCACCGCUUUUACACCCUGCAGGGGGAGCGGGUGGAAGCCUAUCGGCUCUUUGAGGAGGGCCACCGGGCGUAUCUGGGCAGCGGGCCGCACUACGACUUCCUCCGCUACCGGCAGCUGGUCCAUGAGAUCACACUGGCCUUCAGCGGCAUCUCCCGGGAGAUCCUGCAGCUCAAGGAGCAGCUCCAGACGGAGCACGGGCGGCCAGAGCUCGCUCAGCACCUGUCCAGGGUCCAGCAGAAGGAGAAAGACAAGCUAGAGCUGACGGCCCAGCUGCAGCUCGCCAGGCAGAACGCACAGGACCAGCCCGGGGUGCCGGCCCACCAGCAGGAGGUGCAAGAGCUGAAAUACAAGCUAAUUAAAACCAUUGAGGCAAUCAGCGAAAUUCUCCAGGACCUCAAGUACGAUUCGGAAGAAGCCGAGUGAUGGGUCUCCCCGUGGGAAUGGCCGGAGGAGGCGGGAAGCGCUGGAGGGGCCCAGCUGGGCAGAGCACUGGGCUGCACUGCGGGGCUCUUGCUCACGUCGGGGUCUCGCUCCAUGGCGGGAUCCUCUCCCCAGCAAACCCCGGCCCUGGCACCCCUGCAAAAGACAUGUCCAGGGCCCUCUCUGCCAGGCGGGCAGCGGCCUUUGCAGUGGAGGAGCAGCUUGACGCUGGGCUGUCCCAGCACAGGGGCAGGUUUGCAAAAAGGCUCCACAGCCAGCAGCUCCCACUGGGAACAAUGGGGAACCCACUCCCGUGCUUAGUGCAAAGGAGAACCCCCCACUGAGAGCAUCAGGAGCUUUGGAGGCUGAGCCCCCUUGACAAGCUUUCCCCUAGCGUCCAGUUCGGUGCUGGGGGGGUGCCCUCAAGCCCGUCGGGCAGGGUCAGCGUGCAGCCUAGACA